UUUGUUUCUUUGCUGAUGGUGCAUAUUAGUCAAGCUUUGUGCUUCAUUUUGUUUUAUUUGUUUCAAAAUAUUAAGAGGUUAUUAUUCAUAUUAAACUCCGAAUUCAUUUUCAGAUUGGAAGUAAAGAAGAGAAGUGCUCCUCCUGCCGUAUCCGAUCUAGCUAAAAAGAAGAUCAAUAAAGGUCCACCACCAGAUCCAGCUGCAUAUAAAUCAAUGACAGGAGGGAGUCAGUACAAAUUUGGGGUACUCGCAAGAAUCGUUCGUCACAUGAAAACCAGACAUCAGGAUGGAGAAACACACCCAUUGUCAAUUGAAGAGAUUUUGGACGAGACGAAUCAGUUGAAUGCGGGACCGAAAGUUAAACAAUGGCUGAUCACGGAGGCCCUUCCUAAUAACCCCAAAGUUCAUGAAGUGGAUGGAAAAUACAACUUUAAACCUCCGCUGCCAGUGAGGGACAGGAAGUCCUUGCUGAAGCUGCUUCGUCAACAUGACAUGAAGGGCCACGGUGGGGUCCUGCUUGAUGACAUUCAGGAGUCACUACCUCAUUGUGACAAAGUUAUGAAGCAAUUGGAUAAGGAAAUCUUGCGUAUAAUGCGACAGACAGAUAAGAAACAGAUUAUCUUCUACCACGACAAGGGCAUCAACUUCCCAGUAGAGAAGGAAUUCCAACAGCUAUGGAGAAAUACUUCUGUCGACGGGUUGCAAGAUGACAACAUUGAGGAGUAUCUCAACAAGCAGGGCAUCAAAUCUAUGCAAGAUACGGGGCCAAAGGUGAAGCCCAUCAGGAAAAAGACAAGGAAGAAUAGAACCCGUGCCACCAAGAUUUCUGACAAUGAACACAUGCAACAUGUUCUGCAGAAUUAUGAUACGACAUAAUGAACUCCUCAUGGUAGUUGUGCGACAAGGAUAAAAAAAGGGUUUUAUAUUGCUUAUUUUUCACAAUGUAUUUUAAUAUGUAACAGAAUUGCUCCAGAAAUGUAUAGUAUCUUAAGUUUACUGUAUGAACGGAAAACAUUACAAAAGUAUAAGAGAGAUUAAACUCAUAUUAAGGAAGUCAUUUCAAGCUUAUUGGUAAAGUUGGCCAAAUUAAGGAUUUGAAUAAUGAUUUUUUAAUAUAUUUUUAUUAGUGUACAUUAUACUUUAUUGCUCUUGUACUCUUAAAGUUAUGAGAUGUGUAAAUGGGCCACAGAGUACUUAGGGACGGGUGAUGACCAGUAUUGCUUGCGCAGGGGGGGUGGGGGGAGGGUUCUUCUGGAGGUCUUAAGGUCUUCAGGGCAACCAUUGUCCAAGAAUAUAUGACCUAGAAACAUUUUAAUGUGUAACAUAUGAAUGUACAACUUAGCAUUUAAUUCACAUUUGUUUGGACUGCUCCAGUUCACGUUGUACCAGUAUUUGUACCAGUGGAUUUGUUCAUUUGUACCAGUAUUUUCAUAACCUGUUCAUCGCUAUGAUAUAAAGAAUUACUAUACAGUACUUGUCGAGUUGGUGCCUUCUUUUGAUAAUUACUUACUAAUACAGUAUUUGCAAAGCACUUUUGUGUUUUUCAUAGAUAUAAAGCAUAUUUCAUCAAAAGUAAAUGAGUAAAAAAUCAUUAUCCAGACACACUUCUUUAGACUUAACAUCUUGGUGUGGCAAAUUUGGGCAGGGAAUCAAGAAGACAAUUGUAGAUAUCAGGGUGUGGAAGUAAGCCAGACAAGCUUAUUGCUGAUAAUAGCAGUCGGACAUAGGAACAAACACACAUUGUCACGUAGAGUGCGGAAACAUUGUCAGCGAGUUUGACCCAUUGACUUCUUAAUAAUUUCUGAGCUUUAGUGGUGAGGCCUUCCAAGGUUUUAAAAUAAAUUGUGCUAAAAUUGUAACAAUGCUUGCUUUACACAGAGUAAUCACACUGACGUGACUGUGUCAAUGAGAAAAUCCGUAGGAGCCGUGAUGAGGAUUCGAACCUAUGCAGUGGGUAUUCUCGGGCACAUGCAAUAGAUGACUAGACAACGACAUGGAUAAGGAUUGCAACCUGAAGUUCUACUGAAUGCACGAGGGUUUCCCGAGGCUUCCACUGAAGCCGAAUCAUGGUUUUCACAAUUCCUACAUGCACUCUGGCUCUGUCAUCUAGGCGGUAAAGGUAGAACAUUCCUAGAUGAAUGAGCUAGAGUGCAUUGGGGAGAUUGUGUGAAAAUCUUUGUUCGGCUUCAGUGGAAGCCUCGGGAAACCCUCAUGUGUUCAGUAGAACUCCAGGGUGUUAUCCUUAUCCGUGUUGUGGUCUAGAGCGUGUGCAUGGGAGUAUCCACCACAUAGGUCCGAACCGUCAUCAUGGCUCCUACAGAUUUCCUCAAUGCUUGUUGUAAUAGGAUUUGGGGUAAAAAAUACAUCAACACAUACUUGCUCAGUGAUAGGCAUAUAUAUGCAAACUUGUAUGAGAGUUUAGACUUUAUAAUGCACUCUCUCUCCCUUUUGUUACCUCUUGUCCUCAUUAUUUUUCCUUCCUAACCUCUUCACCUCUCUCUCUCCUUGCCUCUCUCACUCUCUCUCCUUGCCUCUCUCACUCCCCUCUCCUUGCCUCUCUCACUCCCCUCUCCUUGCUCUCCCACUCCCCUCUCCUUGCCUCUUCCACUCCCCUCUCCUUGCUCUCCCACUCCCCUCUCCUUGCCUCUCCCACUCCUUACCCUUCCCACUCUCCUUCAACAGCUGCCCUACAGAUUAAGCCAUGAGUUUAUUUCUCAGGGAGAAGACUUGCUGUACAGAUGUUGGAGUGGGAUCUGUGUGAUGGUUUGGCAAAAGCUUGAAGUUGCGGUUUGUUUAUAUAACGUUAUAUAUCCUGAACACCCUGGCCAGGAUUUUUUUUUUAUUUUUAUUUCUAUAUACAAGAGUUCUUACAUUCUUGUAAAGCCACUGGCAUGGGUAGCAUUUCAGGCAGGUUCUUAAUCCUAAUUAAGGAUUGUCAAAGAUUAAAAUUAUCCUUUAGUAAGGAUUAAUCAAGCGUUUGUGUCCACUUACAAAAUCUGCACGAUACAUCUCUCGUCGAUCAUAGUGGCUUAACUCUGCAUAUAUUAAACAGUUUAUGAGCUUUGAAAAGUCAUAAUCCAAGGCUGUUAUUGUUAUAAAACAAGCCUAGUGGUGCUUUGGAGCUCAUAAACUCACAUACACGUAAAUAACGUAAACAAAGUCGUCAGGAUUGAGGAAAGAUGUUCACGUGUUUAUAAGUGGAUACUUAAGUGUUUGAUCAGUUGUGGGCCCGCUCAGUAUAUCUUGAAGACCUGCUGGGUAUCGUAAUGAGAUUUGCUCUCAUAAGCCUUGUUUAAAGUUUUUGUUAGGCCUGUAGCCUCGAGUCUAUUCUGGUAUUGAAGGUGGCUUACAGAUCGUGUGUGAGGUGUGUAUCCUGCCUAUUUAUGGGCAGUCCAGUUGCUGUGAUCCAUAUUAACUUAAAUUUACAAUUUCACUACUGUAAUACACUAAGCAAUAUUAUGUUUAAAAGUUUCUAAAGAAUAAUCAGUAUUAAAAUUAUAAAUUUAUAUCUAUUUCAUAUAUUGCUCCCAAGUGAAAACUUCAGCAAUUUCAGAUAUAUGUAUUAAGGAAACAGGACUUACUUUUAAAAUUAAAUACGUGUUUAAGGAUUCAUAAUUUCUUUAAAAAACUACAGGUAACUAACACAAAAAAUUGUUACAGUAUGAUUAGUAAAUGUACAUUUUAAAUAAAUAGGAUUUUUGCUAA